AAAAAACCUGUAAGAAUGUACGUUUCGCGUUGCUUGACUGCACCCGGCGUUGGCCUACGCCUGCAAUGCCGCACUUUAUCCAAAAAGUCAAUCUGGAAUGCCAAGAAUUUGCUGCGCGACCGCUUGCUCGGCACUAAAGAGGCUGCACAGGUGCAGGGCCAGGUCAAGAUCCAGGCUGUGGCCCAGCAGCAAGAGGCAGUGAUGGGAGGGCCUGACGUCCAGCAGAAACUUCCCAAUGUUGGGUCGUAUGUGCGCCAGAUCUCCGCCGAUGGACGCAGCCUGCGCGACGUACUGACCGCCAAGGUGCCCGCUGAGCAGGAGCGCGUGAAGAACUUCCGCAAGCAGCAUGGCGCCACCAAGCUGGGUGAGACCACCAUCGAUAUGAUGUACGGUGGCAUGCGUGGCAUCAAGGCCCUGGUCACGGAAACCUCCGUGCUGGACGCCGAUGAGGGUAUCCGCUUCCGCGGCCUCUCCAUCCCCGAGUGCCAGAAGGUUCUGCCCGCCGCCCCCGGUGGCACCGAGCCCCUGCCCGAGGGUCUCUUUUGGCUGCUGUUGACCGGCGAGGUUCCCACCCAGUCCCAGGUGCAGCAGCUCUCCCGCGAGUGGGCCGAGCGCGCCGCCCUGCCCCAGCAUGUGGUCACAAUGCUGAACAACAUGCCCACCAGCCUGCAUCCGAUGUCGCAGCUGGCCGCCGCCGUAACGGCCCUCAAUCACGACAGCAAGUUCGCCAAGGCAUACUCUGAGGGUGUGCACAAGAGCAAGUACUGGGAAUACGUCUACGAGGACAGCAUGGAUCUCAUUGCCAAGCUGCCAGUGGUGGCCGCCACCAUCUACUGCAACACGUAUCGCGGCGGCAAGGGCUCCCGCUCGGUCGACUCGAGCCUCGAUUGGUCCGCCAACUUUGUGAAGAUGCUUGGCUACGACAAUGCCCAGUUCACCGAGCUGAUGCGUCUCUAUCUGACCAUUCACAGCGAUCACGAGGGUGGCAAUGUCUCUGCCCAUACCGUGCAUUUGGUUGGCUCCGCAUUGAGCGAUCCCUACCUGUCGUUCGCCGCUGGCAUGAACGGUCUGGCUGGUCCCCUGCACGGCCUGGCCAACCAGGAGGUGCUCGUCUGGCUGCGCAAGCUCCAGAAGGAGGCUGGCAACAAUCCAUCGGAGGAGCAGCUGAAGGACUACAUCUGGAAGACUCUGAAGUCCGGACAGGUUGUGCCCGGCUAUGGACAUGCCGUGCUCCGCAAGACCGAUCCCCGCUACACCUGCCAGCGCGAGUUCGCCCUGAAGCAUCUGCCCGAGGAUGAGCUGUUCCAGCUGGUGUCCAAGAUCUACAAAGUGGUGCCCCCAAUCCUGACCGAGACCGGCAAGGUGAAGAACCCCUGGCCCAAUGUAGAUGCCCACUCCGGUGUCCUGCUGCAGUACUACGGCAUGAAGGAGAUGAACUACUACACCGUUCUGUUUGGCGUCUCGCGUGCCCUUGGCGUGCUCGCUUCCCUCGUCUGGGAUCGCGCCCUUGGACUGCCCAUCGAGCGCCCCAAGUCAUUCUCCACCGAUCUUCUGGUCAAGAUGGUCCAGAAGUAAGAUGGACGUCGACGAAGGCGGCGAUGGGGCGGUGGAGUGGAGAGAUUGGAGGGAAGUUUAAGACGCAGGUGCGGUCGCAGAAGACGAAUUUCGUUCUUCGGGCAGUAGCCAAGUAAUACACGAGACGAGAGUGAGGGAACAGAGAAAUGAAACGACGAUUGAAUGUGGAGUAGAAACAACAACCAAAUACGAACCAACAGCUAAACAACAACAAAACUGCUAAGAAAAACAAAAACAAAAACAAAAGAG